AUGGCGAAUCACAACUCUGUGGUUGUUUCAGGUCGGUUUUCCCGCCGAGCCGACCCAUUCGUGCCGCAGCAUGACUCUCCCACACUUGAUUGGUUGGAAAGUGAUCAGCGGCUGCGACCUCUCGCGUCCGGACUUAUUCGAGUCGAUCGUGCGGAGCAAGAAGAACUGAGAAGCCAUCCCAUCAUCUCUUUCUGCGAAUCAGUUCAUCAGACCAGAACUAGUCCCGAGCGUACGGCGCGUAGCGUACCGCGCGUGCGUCAAAGAGUCGAAAGACCUAAGAUGAGACUCUACAGGGCCAUUGUUCAGACGGGGUUGCGGGGCAAGAGCAAUAACCGUGGCUUGGGCCUAGAGCAGGAGAAUGAAAGUGAAAGUGAAAGUGAAAGUGAAAGUGAAAGUGAAGGCGAAGGCGAAAGUGAAGGUGAAGGCGAAAGUGAAAGUGAAGGUGAAGGUGAAAGUGAAGGUGAAGGUGAAGGCGAAGAUGAAUGUGAAGGCGAAGAUGAAAGUGAAGGUGAAGGUGAAAGUGAAGGUGAAGGUGAAGGCGACGAUGAAGGUGAAAGUGAAGGUGAAGGUGAAGGUGAAGGUGAAGGUGAAGGUGAAGGUGAAGGUGAAGGUGAUGGUGAAACUGAAACUGAAACUGAAACUGAAACUGAAGGUGAAGGUGAAGGUGAAGGUGAAGGUGAAGGUGAAGGUGAAUGUGAAGGUGAAGGUGAAGGUGAAGGCGACGAUGAAGGUGAAAGUGAAGGUGAAGGUGAAGGUGAUGGUGAAACUGAAACUGAAACUGAAAUUGAAACUGAAAGUGAAAGUGAAAGUGAAAGUGAAAGUGAAAGUGAAGGCGAAGGCGAAGAUGAAUGUGAAGGCGAAGAUGAAAGUGAAGGUGAAGGUGAAGGUGAAGGUGAAGGUGAAAGUGAAGGUGAAGGUGAAGGCGAAGAUGAAGGUGAAAGUGAAGGUGAAGGUGAAGGUGAAGGUGAAGGUGAAGGUGAAGGUGAAGGUGAAGGUGAAGGUGAAGGUGAAGGUGAAGGUGAAGGUGAAGGUGAAGGUGAAGGUGAAGGUGAAGGUGAAGGUGAAGGUGAAGGUGAAGGUGAAGGUGAAGGUGAAGGUGAAGGUGAAGGUGAAGGUGAAGGUGAAGGUGAAGGUGAAGGUGAAGGUGAAGGUGAAGGUGAAGGUGAAGGUGAAGGUGAAGGUGAAGGUGAAGGUGAAGGUGAAGGUGAAGGUGAAGGUGAAGGUGAAGGUGAAGGUGAAGGUGAAGGUGAAGGUGAAGGUGAAGGUGAAGGUGAAGGUGAAGGUGAAGGUGAAGGUGAAGGUGAAGGUGAAGGUGAAGGUGAAGGUGAAGGUGAAGGUGAAGGUGAAGGUGAAGGUGAAGGUGAAGGUGAAGGUGAAGGUGAAGGUGAAGGUGAAGGUGAAGGUGAAGGUGAAGGUGAAGGUGAAGGUGAAGGUGAAGGCGAAAGUGAAGGCGAAGGCGAAAGUGAAGGUGAAGGUGAAGGUGAAGGUGAAGGUGAAGGUGAAAGUGAAGGUGAAGGUGAAGGUGAAGGUGAAGGUGAAGGUGAAGGUGAAGGUGAAGGUGAAGGUGAAGGUGAAGGUGAAGGUGAAUGUGAAGGUGAAGGUGAAGGUGAAGGCGACGAUGAAGGUGAAAGUGAAGGUGAAGGUGAAGGUGAUGGUGAAACUGAAACUGAAACUGAAACUGAAACUGAAACUGAAACUGAAACUGAAACUGAAACUGAAACUGAAACUGAAACUGAAACUGAAAGUGAAAGUGAAAGUGAAAGUGAAAGUGAAGGCGAAGGCGAAAGUGAAGGUGAAGGUGAAGGUGAAAGUGAAAGUGAAGGUGAAGGUGAAGGCGAAGAUGAAUGUGAAGGCGAAGAUGAAAGUGAAGGUGAAGGUGAAGGUGAAGGUGAUGGUGAAGGUGAAGGUGAAGGUGAAGGUGAAGGUGAAGGUGAAGGUGAAGGUGAAGGUGAAGGUGAAGGUGAAGGUGAAAGUGAAGGUGAAGGUGAAGGUGAAGGUGAAGGUGAAGGUGAAGGUGAAGGUGAAGGUGAAGGUGAAGGUGAAGGUGAAGGUGAAGGUGAAGGUGAAGGUGAAGGUGAAGGUGAAGGUGAAGGUGAAGGUGAAGGUGAAGGUGAAGGUGAAGGUGAAGGUGAAGGUGAAGGUGAAGGUGAAGGUGAAGGUGAAGGUGAAGGUGAAGGUGAAGGUGAAGGUGAAGGUGAAGGUGAAGGUGAAGGUGAAGGUGAAGGUGAAGGUGAAGGUGAAGGUGAAGGCGACGAUGAAGGUGAAAGUGAAGGUGAAGGUGAAGGUGAUGGUAAAACUGAAACUGAAACUGAAACUGAGACUGAAACUGAAAGUGAAAGUGAAACUGAAACUGAAACAAACUGA